GCAGCCGUCGCUAGCUAAACAAACAUGGCUCUGCUACAUUAUCAGACAGUGGACCUUAAUGAUACGUAGGCAUAUGCGACAGUUAAUAAGACACGUGCCAAAUGUAAAGCUGUACAUGGAGAGCUGAUAUACUAUUAAGUUGGUUAGCUUAGUGUAGUCGUUUGUGACCGUGUUUGUUUACACACUGCUAGCUCUCUAGUUGGCUAAUAUAAGCUAGCAAAAUGGACCUUGGAACAAUGUUGUACAACAAUUUAAAAGAUGUUACAUGGAGCACGACGUCUUUACCAUUAGAUCAACUUGUCAGCGCUUAUAGGUUGCCUCAAAUUGCCAAACUGGAUAACGGUCAGUUGGUUGAAGGUCUCAGAGACAAUGACUACCUCUUGAUUCAUUCCUGCCGUCAGUGGACGACUAUUACUGCUCACAGUCUGGAGGAGGGACAUUAUGUCAUUGGGCCCAAAAUAGAGAUUCCAGUGCACUAUGAAGGCCAGUUUAAGCUACUGGAGCAGGACAGAGAUGUCAAGGAGCCUGUGCAGUACUUCAACAGUGUGGAGGAGGUGGCCAAAGCAUUCCCUGAAAGGGUAUACGUCAUGGAAGAAAUCACAUUCAAUGUUAAGAUGGCAUCAGGGGAAUGCAAUGAAGACACUGAAGUUUACAACAUUACACUAAGCACCGGUGAUGAACUGACAUUAAUGGGCCAGGCUGAGAUCCUGUAUGCCAAGACCUCCAAAGAAAAAUCAAGAUUCAACACUAUUUUCAAGAAGAUUGGGAAGCUAAACUCCAUCAGUAAGAUUGGUCGAGGCAAGAUGCCUUGCUUGAUCUGCAUGAACCACCGCACCAACGAGAGCAUCAGCCUGCCUUUCCAGUGCAAAGGCAGGUUCAGCACCUGUAGCCCGCUGGAGCUUCAGAUGCAGGACGGCGAGCACACCAUCAGGAACAUUGUGGAGAAAACCCGUCUUCCGGUCAAUGUGACAGUACCCAGCAGUCCACCCCGCAACCACCAUGACCUUCACCUUAUCCGUGAGGGCCAUCGCUACAAAUUGGUCAACAUUCAGACGAAAACGGUGGUUGUGUGCUGCAUUCUGCGAAGCAACAAAAUUAUCCCCAUCCAUUUUCCCUUUCACAUGGCCAUGCCUAGAUUUAUUAUUCCAGAAGAACUGCUGCAAGGAGAGUUGUGGCUGGAUACUAUGGUACAUCGCUGGUUCACCUUCUGCCAGGAGCAGUUUGACAUAGACGACUAUUCUCGUGCCGUCCGGGAUGUGAGGACAGACUGGAACGAUGAUGGUAAGAGCCCGAAGAAGAGCAGCGGGAAUGGUAAUUGCAGUGGAAGCAGCGGAGGCAGCAGCAGCUCCAACGGGUGUCCCAACCACAUGCAGAUUCCCAGCUCUUUAACCUACGCCCGGGAUGAACUCACCCAGUCCUUCCACCGACUGUCUGUGUGUGUGUAUGGCAGCAACCUGCACGGUAACAGUGAGGUGAACUUGCAGGGCUGUAUGACUCUGUGUGGAGAUUGGUCUCUUCUGCCCUCUGAUAGCAUCCCUUCAGACUCGGGAGAAAAUGAACACUUUUUCCCUGAGCUGUUGGACAGCACACACCAACAGCCAUCCCUCAACAAGUCUGACCUUCCCUACGAGGAGCUGUGGUUGGAUCACUUGAGAGGUCAGAUCCCAAAAUCGUCUUUAAGUGAGGGGAUUCGAGGCAUCAACAAUGGCUGUGGUACAACAGCAGCCCUGUCAUACCCACUCACUUGUCCUCUUGGUGCAGUAACCAGCUCAGAUGUGUCUCUUACUCCACCACCGGUCCCACCCAAGUCUGAAGCUGUGAAGGAAGAAUGCCGUCUUUUGAAUGCCCCACCAAUUCCUCCACGAAGUUUGAAACAGAUGCCGUCAGUGCCCAUCCUGUCUAAGCCACGGCAACAAGAGACUCGGUCUCCAAGUCCAACCCUCUCCUAUUACUCCUCUGGUCUCCACAACAUUAGUGGAGCAUCUGAGCAAGAGGUGCCUGACCCACAAGAGCACAUGUGCUACCCCUGUAACUGGGGAAAAUCCAACAGCACUGAGCCAAAUACAACGUCGCCCAGCGGUAGCCUGCCAUCGGAUGGGGUGUCAUCCAGGUUGUCUUGGCCAAAUAACUUCACUGGAGGAGAAUCGCACAGCAUGGAUGAAUUUCUUCCAGCCAGCUGUCGAAGCUACUACAGCUACCCCAGAAAGAGAUCCCCGAGCACCCCCAAAACCUGUACAUCCAGCCUCGUCGACUUCGAUGGCCGAGAGCAUGCACACUGCAGUAAGGACUUCGGGUUGCAGAAGGCCUCUCUGAAUCAGUUUUGCACCAAAUCUGCAAGUUACAAUUCAGAAAUGUACAGAGUCAAGCCAAUAGAAGAAUGUAACACUAAGCAGAGCCUCUCUUGCCCCAUCUUGCCACCGAGAACACCAAAAUCAAAUGCCACAACAACGUGCACGGACGUACUGUCGGGAUCAGUCUGUAACAGUGAGCAGGAAACUUCCAAUAGCUCACAUGCUCAACAUGAGCAGGGCACAACAGAGAUUUAUUCCAUCUCUAACUCAUUAACUCCUAACUGUCCACCCUUCUCUGCCACUGCACAGUGGCAGCCCCCGUCCAGUCUGGCUGGUCUCUCUAUUGAAGAGGUGUCCAAAUCUCUGAGGUUUAUUGGCCUGCCGGAUGACAUUGUUGCUCUGUUCAUGUCCGAGAAGAUUGAUGGGAAUUUACUCCUGCAGCUCACUGAGGAGAUUUUGUCUGAGGACUUCAAGCUAAGCAAACUGCAGGUGAAGAAACUCAUGCAGUUCAUAAACGGAUGGAGACCCAAGAUAUAACUAACAGUAAAUGACACUAAAUCCUGUUAUAAAGCAGAGAAAGUCAUGCCUUCAGUAUAUAUGCUAUGCACACCAAGCCACAAAGAGUUUCUUUUUGUAUAAUAUGAAUUUAUUUCCUUGUUACUAUAUUGUGGGGCCGAUAGCUGGGUAAUAUUUCCCAGCCCACUUUGAAGUCUGUGACUGCUAUUUACUAACUGAAUGGAAUCAUUUGGCACUUUCAUGAAGACAUUUUCAUGUCAGCUACUUAGUACUGUUUGACCCAAAGCCUACUAGCGUUUGCGUCGCCACACAGUUCCUAAUUGGUGGCAACAAAUUUAAAGGAAAGACGUGUGAUUCUGUUCCUAAAGGGGGAUUUAACAGCAUUCUGCUGUUUCCAGGAUUUUUAACAGAGCACAGGAACCAGACUGUAGUGGACUUUAGUAAAUUUUGCUUAUUUACCACAUGAAAAAACAAUGUCUGAACAUUUUAAUGGUGUUGUGGAUACACUCUUUGAAAUUUGGCGGGAUUUGGUAACCAAAAAAAAAAAAAUACAGUAUUUAAGUCUUUUAAAUAUUAGUAAUAAAAAGCUUACACCUCAGUUAUGCAAUUAUACAGUUGUGCAGGCAUGUGAUGCAUGCACAGUUUUCAUAUGGGAUUCAUUCCCAUAGAUUUCACAAUCUCAUGGGUGAUAGAGAAUGUUGCUGUAAGUGAAUUUCUAAACAUGAAACUACAGUGGAACGAAGUAGAGACCUGCCUGCUGCUAACAGGUGUACACUUGUGUUCUUUUAAAAAUCUGCCCCUUUAAGAUCCUCCUAACCUGUGAGCUAGAUCUGCAUCAGUGUACAUUCACUGCUUUUCCAAAUAGCAAGAAACAGUCAGUGACGUGAACCCUAUCUUUUAGCCUGCGGCGUCAAACUGAUGUGCAGUUCCACCAGUUGAACUGGAAAAAUGAGGCAAAUGAAUAUGAUUUCAUUUUACAGCUCUACAGCUAAUUUUAGAAGGUUUAAUGUAAAUGGAGAUGUAGCUGUUUGCACAUCAGUGUGAUAUCUGGUAAGAGUGCUGGUUUACUGUCAAUAUAUAGAAGAUCAAGUGUUGCAGUUGAACCAGCCGGGCUUUGUUGGCCAUCAGAAAUCGCAUCUGCGUUCUUGGUGCGACAUUCUACUUUCUGGAACUAUGCUAGUGGCCAAAUCAAAUGACUAUCACGGUGUCUCGUGUGCAGCAAGAUGUCGUAUUAUUAACUGUCCUUAUGCAAGGUCUUAUUUCUGUUUGAUGCUAUUUUAAUCUGAAGUUGAAUUCAACUACAUUACUACUAGCUUUAAUCUGAAACAUGUCUGCUAAACAAUAACUUGAAGUUAGUUAUAACUGAAAAAGACAGACUGAGGCCGAACAAAAUGAUGUCCCGACUCUAAAACUAACAUGGAAAUAACCAACAGAGAUAAUAGACCAUGACGUUCCACAUAAAAUACAAAUUAUGCAUCAUGCACUUUGGUAGAUUUCAGCCUUGUUAACUGCAGCUAAGGUCAUUGAAUAUAAUUCUAUGAAAGAAGAUUGUCUAUGUAGAGAGUGAAUGCACUACAUGCUUUUUCCGAAACUGAAAUGGUACUCCUCCUUGUUCCUUUUGUGUGUGUUGUAAGUGUCCUCGAAUGCCACAAACAAGUAAAAGACCGCCUUAACCAAGAGUCCUUAAAAUAUGUGGUGUGAUUUUGGCCUAAUGUUUUCAUUUAGUCAGCCUCUUGUCAUGAGGUUUCUCAUACAUGACAGUCUCAACACGAACACCAGGCAAAGAUGUUAUUUAUGUGUAUGAAGGCUAAAACUGAAAAUGAUUUGCAAAAAUGGAAUAUUGGUUUGUUUCUGUUUCUGUCUCCGAGAUAAGGAGAUACACCCGUUAUGUUGUUAACAUGCAGUAUGGUACUAGGAUCCAGGCAAUUAUGAUUUUUUAAAAAAUUACUUUUUAAUGUUUUUUUGCAAGAAACAUCUGUUGGGCCAAGUCAAACCUUAUGGCGGGCCAAUUUAGGCAGCCCUAGUUUAAUUCAGAUUUAUGUAUGCAGCUAUUUAACUCAUUUAACAUAAUGCGAAAAUAUGCAGAAUAGUAAUUGUCAGACUGUUGGUAUGGCUGUUCUAUGAAGGUGCCUCAGCAACAACAGCCUAAAUACAGCCUAGGUCUGACCUGUUGGCCAACAGCUGUUUUUCUGACCCCUUUUUGCAGAAGGGUGUUACAUAUUUUACUUGAUAUUUUUAUUUUUUAUGUAAGUGCAAAUGUAAUGUAAUUUUUUAAACGAAGUAAUUACUAAUGUUGAAAUUAUUUUUAUUGAAAGAAAAAAAGCUUAUGUUCAAAUUUCUGUUUUUGUAUUCUGUACAACUUGGGUUUAUAAGUACAUGCAUUAAAAUAACACUAAGUCGUGAGUUUAAAAAAGAAAAAAAAAACCUUUAAGCCUCAGUCACACUACAUGAACAGUGGCCAAAAAAUAGCGUUAACAAGCCACUUAUGUGGGUAGUUUUCCAGAUUUCCUUGCAGCUUUGUCACAGCAUCCACAUGUUUUGAGGGGGAUGGCGGGUGUGCCCUGACACAGUUGCUAUGCGGUGGUUAAUGUCCUAUGCAAUAGCUAUGGUACUGCAGAGAGUCCAGGGAAAGGAACAUCUAAGCACUGCAGUGACAGUAAAAGGCGUUGUAUUGAAAUUUCCACAGUGGUAAUUUCAGAGGAAGGAAAAUCGUGCAUGCCAAAGGAAUUUUUCCAAGUCAGUAAAUUUACCGGAGUAAUUCUGAGACGACUGUGAACCCGCUACAACAACUGACCCAGUCCCAUGCCUGUCACCUACGGACUGAGGACUUCAUGAAUUAUUGCCGCUUGUAUGCAAAGAGGAGGAAAAUGACUGUGACACUGCGUUUGAUAGCACCUGGAAUAGUAUUCAACGUUACUGAAAUCUUGAGUUAUGGACAGUUAUCUUUAAACUCAACUCUUGUUUCCUUAUUUUUGACUGUAUAAUCUAUUAAAAUUGGAUUAACUGAU